CUGUGUGCGCUACGAGACUACGCGGCUCAGUGUGCUACGGGACGCGAUACGAAGCGGACGCGUAUCAGUACGCUCUCCUACGGCUUGAUACGCGACUUGUUGCGAUCUAUGUGUAUAAAUGCAAACUAAAUUAACUACUAAUUUUGGUGUAAUAUUUUUAAUAUUCGUGAAUUGUGUAUAAUAUUAGUUGUAGUGACUAGUUUUAUUGUCGAAGAUAAACAGAAUUUUCUUAAACAUCUCGGUAGCCUUACGAAAGGAUUUUUUGGUAAAUAAAAAAACAUUAAAUUAAUCUCUCGAGUGUUAUAAAAUAAAUGAAAGGCCAAGGAAUAAAUGAGUUUCACCCGGGAAAUUAAUGAGCCCUUAAAUGGGAGACCGGGCGAGUGCUAUGUGAAUCGUACGGUUCGUGGUGAUACUUUGUGAAUAGUUAAUGUAUCCGUGAUGAGGAUCGAGAGGACGUGCUUCUGGUCGAUGCUGCAGGCCCUGGCUUUGUUACCCACCAUGGCCCUGAAAGAUGCUCAGAUGACUACAAAGAAGUUUUCCGAAGAGCCAGAAUUCGAGCGGCCAAUUGGGAAUCACACGUUUUUCCUUGGACGAGAAGCAGUUUUGGGUUGCGCUGUCACUAAUCUUGGAAAACAUAAGGUAGGGUGGCUAAGAGCGGAAGACCAGACCGUCCUAACUAUGCACGACAGAGCGGUACUCGGUGCCCGCUAUUCAGUCAGCCUGGACGCCCCGAGGACUUGGCAGCUGAGGAUCCGGCCCCUCCGUGCCGAAGAUAGAGGGUGCUACAUGUGUCAGAUAAACACACAGCCAAAUAUGAAGUGGCAAAUUGGCUGUAUCGACGUUUAUGUUCCACCAGAUAUCAUCAGUGAUGAUGCAUCAGGCGAUGUCUCAGUGCAGGAGUUGGAGAAUGCCACAUUGACCUGCAAGGCGACAGGUCAUCCCCCACCCAAAAUAACGUGGAGAAGGGAAGACCACGAACCUAUUCUGCUUAAGAAACCCAUGUCGAGGGAUUUUGACAAAGUUGAGAACUACGUGGGUAGUUCUUUACCUUUGUGGCGCGUGGAUCGACGUCAGAUGGGCGCUUUCCUCUGCAUAGCUUCAAACGACGUGCCUCCAGCGGUCAGCAAGAGGAUCACACUGCUAGUCAACUUCGCGCCUACCGUAAAAGUGCCAAACCAGUUAUUAGGUGCACCACUAGGCACUGACGUCAAACUCAAGUGCUACGUGGAGGCCUAUCCUAAUACAAUCAAUUAUUGGAUCAAGAACAGGGGAGAAAUGCUCUUAGAUGGGCCUAAAUACACCAUAAGAGAAGAGAAGGCGUCCUACAAAGUAUCCAUGUGGCUGACAAUUAGACAGUUCUCUAGGAAUGACAUCGGGACGUACAACUGUGUCAGCACGAAUUCUCUCGGCAAAAGCGAAGGGACUCUUAGAUUGUAUGAAAUAAAACUGAACUCGUACCAGGAGGACUUCAAUCAAAUCAGCGUUGCCGGAGGUCUAACGGAAGCAGCUAAAGGAGAUACAUCCAACUUCCUCCAUUCAAACAGGAUAUUUUUGUGCACGUUAUGUUUGUUCGCGUAUUUAUACAUGUUUACGUAGUUAUUUUAAGAUGUAAAUAAUAUUGUCUUUGUUGUUUUAAACUUUUGUGUCUGACGUUACAUACAUUCAAAUGUUUCUUGUUAAAUUACAAUCAUUUGAAUACAAAAGUGCUAUUAAUGAGUCAAUUAAUCACAAGUUAGUGUGAAAAUAAAAAUUGAUCAAAAUAAAGUAUUUAAUAUACUUUUUUCGGCGAAUUCAGAUCUAAAAAUGUCAUUUACGAAUAACUCGCUAAGCUAAUUUAAAUAAAGGUUCAGAGUCACGUAACCGCAUUAUUUUUUGUCACAUAAGCGUAAAAAUUACGUGCGUAUGACAAGCUCAACAAAAAACGGUUAUCGUACUCAAAAAUGUGAGAAUCAAUGGUAGCGGCUAGCUUCGAUUAUGAGAGGGAAACGUCGUACAAAUGAAAGACAGAGACGGCGCUCUACAGAGCCGAUUGUGCUUUCUCUUUCUCAAAUACGAUGAACGGACAUUAUCGGCGCGGCCUGUACACCUUUUUCGACGUCAGACACAAAACAAAUGCUUAAAAAGGAACGUAAUUCAAUUACAAUGUUUCAAUUUCGUGUAAAUAUAUAAACUGUAAGUAAUUAUUUAAUGAUGUUAUAAAUUGUAAAUCCCUUACAGAAACAACGAUCGUAAUCAUUAGUUCUUGUAAAAGAAAUUCGCUUAGUACUCAGCCAAAUUGGAUUACUGUUUACGGAGUUUAUGUACGUAUUGUGUAAACUGAUCGCUCGAUUAUAAGACUGUUUACGAAGAAUAAAUACAUUAUUAAAACAUAA